AUGAAAGCCCAAAACCCACGAAGAACCACCGUCAUGGCAGGGCCUUGGCUACUCCGGCGAAUCGUCCACCGCUCUCGGCAGCUCUUCGCCGCCUCCGAAGACGUCCAGACACUGUACUCAGCUUUUUACCGGUUCCAGUGUCAUUACGCCACUACCGUAACUGAUGCACAAGUCUGUAAUAGGAAUGAAAAUGAGAAAGCUAAGUGGUUAACUCUACCACCCUUCAAUGCCACCGUCAACGGUGCUGAUUUAGGAAGGGAGCUCGCCGGAGUAAAAAUGGACGUCAAGGAGAAUUCAACCAACACCAUGACAGCACUCAAAUGGGUUCAACGUUGCUGCCCUGAGUUACCGAAGUCCCUAGUGCAGAAGCUUUUUCGCUUAAGACAGGUUCGAAGAGACUCUUCUAAUGUCGAAGAACAGCGGCCCAAGAGGGUUUCUGCAAAGGAAUCAAUGAAUGUUGGAGAUAGAAUAUUUCUUCCAAUAACUGUUCAGAAGUUUCCCUCCGAGAAAGUAGUUGAUUACCCUUCUAGUGAAGAAGAAAGGAAGUUUGUGCAUAGCCUAGAAUUGUAUAAGGAUCCAGAAAUUAUUGUGGUCAAUAAACCUCCAGGAAUGCCAGUUCAGGGUGGAAUUGGCAUAAAACGGAGUUUAGAUGAACUUGCUGCUAAGUAUAUGAGACAUGAGAACUCAGAGGCCCCUCGCCUGGUACACAGACUGGAUAGAGACUGCAGUGGACUAUUGGUGAUGGGAAGAACACAAUUAAGUGCUUCAGCUUUGCAUUCGAUCUUCCGUGAGAAAACAUUUGACUCGCAAAAUGAGGAUCUUGAAAGCAAGAAAAGAAUUUUGCAGAAGAAGUACUGGGCACUUGUCAUAGGAUGUCCGAGACGCUCCGGAGGGAUAAUAUCAGCACCACUAGGAAAGCUGGUGUUAGACAACGGGAAAUCUGAGCGCAUCACAAUUAUGUCUGAUGUCAGAGCACCAUCGGCACAGUAUGCUGUAACAGAGUAUCGCAUCAUUGGAUCCUCCGAGAAAGGUUACACAUGGCUAGAGUUAUCUCCACUUACCGGCAGAAAGCAUCAGUUGCGUGUUCAUUGUGCUGAGGCAUUAGGGACUCCAAUAGUUGGAGAUUACAAGUAUGGUUGGCAAGCUCAUAGAAAGCUGAAACAUCUGCCUUUGCCCACUUCAGUGUUGAACCUAGGUGUGCAAAUUCCCAGGCAAAAACCAGAUCCUUUCAACCUUCGUUUAGGGAAUGGAAGUAUUUCAGACAAGCAGCCUCAUCUUCAUCUUCACUGUAAGGAGAUGGUUUUGCCCAAUAUUUCUCUAGCUUUGCAACGAGCUCAAGUAGUUUCAGAUGCUGAUCUCGUAGAUGUUGAAAGUAUCAAGCUGGUUGCUCCUUUGCCCUUCCACAUGCAAAAAAGCUGGGAUUGCUUGAGUUCUUGAUUUAUCUUAGAAAUGAUGGCCUUUCCUGAGCACAAGUGCACUACUACAGAACUGUAGUGAGGAUACACAUAUGGCUAUAUUAUUACCUCUUCCCGAGAGAACUCAGGAAGGGGAGAUGUUUCCUUGUGGAACUUAGAUUCUCCUCAAGGGUUUUACUUCUAACAAAGGAUAAAAGUCAUGGAGCCAUUAUUCACAAUAUGAUGCACUUGUAGUUAACAAGUUCAUCUUGCCGAUUGGCUUCCUUCAGUGGAGAGUGAGAUCAUUCUUCAUUACACUGAAAGUUGGCAGAAUCUUGAUUGUAGUUGGUGCUGUAGCCUGUAAAUGUACCCUGGCAAUUUCUAGGCCAUUUCUUAGAGCUUACAGUUCUAAAUUUUUUGAAUACCAGUUGGUCUUGGGCAACUUGAACUCGACCCAUGACGUGAAAUCAGUUAAGGUCCAAGUCCAUUGGAUCGUGUGGGCUAGGCACCAUUUCAUAGGCCAGAACAGGGAUGCGAUCCAUUAGUCUGGGCGUUGACGCCCUAUCAAGCCCAAAGAGUAGGUUAAUGUUCCCACAACUUUGAGUAGAAAGUGGGAAUAUCAAAGGAACAAGCUGUCGAAGAUUCUUGCAGAACUCAAUAUUUCUGUAUUAUUAUUAUUUUUCCCAAUAGUGAUGGAAUGAUUAUC